AUGGCACAUGAGGACGACGAAGAGCACCUUCUUUCUGAUAACCAAGACCUACCUGCCACACAUACGGAUAACGAAGUUGCAGAGGUCGAAGAUGAAUCAGCGACGCGACAAGGAGAAACGCCUCUCCUCAUCAAGCUCGAACGGCUCGAAUCGGAUGAAGACGUGGAAAACUAUUUGAACGAUCAGGGUGGAGCUUGGAAGAUCGACGUCAAUACGAGGUCUUCAAAACCUCCCAAGCAAACACCGUUGCAUAUCGCGAUUGGGAGAAACUUUAUCCGCACCAUUCAGCUUUUGUUAGAGGCUGGCGCUGAUUUCAUGGCCUUGGACGACGAACACAGACAGCCGCUCCACCUUGCUUGUCGCGAAGGCAACGAUGCAAUAGCCAGAAUUCUGAUAGAUCACGGGGCGAGCACUACAGAUACCGCUUUGAACGGUUGGAGUACUGUUCACUACGCGAGCCUCGGAGAUGCAGACAUUCAGCUUCUACGUCGCAUUCUAGAGGUCGACCACCAGUUCCUGAACCAUAAAGAGUAUAACCAAGGAUGGACCGCAAUCAACCUGAGCACCUACUUAGGGGAAGAAGAAGUUGUCGAAGCUUUGCUGGAGAGAUAUCCCGAUCUGAGGAAACCAGACGAUGACGGAUGGACGCCACUGAUGACGGCAGUCAAGCAAAAUCAUGUCAAAAUUUUUCGCGGGCUCAUCAACCGCCUCACAAAUGUUGGUGAAGAUGGUGCAACCCCCUACGAUGACGAUUACGUGACCCAGGUGGUCAGACGACAAGAAAAUGAGGAUGGCAAAACGGUUUUGAUGGAGCUUUUGGUCGCCGGGCCGGAGUUUCACACCUCAGAAGCCAUCGUCUCCCUUGGCAAGCUUCUUCGCCGUUUGAGUCCGCAGAGUGCCAACAUUGUUGAUCGCGAAGAUCGCACGGUACUAGAUCACGCAAUGCAGUUGGCAGAGAACAGCAACAGCUUUUCCCCAGAUAUGACGAUGGAGCUUCUCAAAUGGGUACCUCAAGAAGUCCUGUUACGACCGGGUCCGGGAGAUCAAACCGCCUUCGAAAGAGCUUUCGGAGUGGACAGUCUGCACCAAUUAUUGAAGAUUGAGCAACAGAAAAGCGAUACGGUCCAAAACGUUAGUGAGGGGCCUCAUGCGAAGAAGCAACUGGACAUACCGAAGCAAGCUGGGCCGAAACAUGAAGCUUCAAAGAGAAGAAAGCAGACACGGAGCCAGCUCUUGGAGGAUUUGGAGGAUAUUCUCGAUUUCAGCUCCGUGGAGCAGUCUCGGGGAGUAGAAGAGCUUCUUGAAAUCAAAAACCCGACUAAGGACCAGUUGAAGGGCUUGGAGGGCUUUUAUGCAGCUGUUGUUGGACUUCGUAUUGACGACCAAGAGUUUAGCCGAGCGUCAAAGUUCAGAAAAGUCAAAGAAAUCAUCUACGGGGAUUCGAGAAUUCGGACUCUUGGAGGCACCAUUGACAAUCUACGCAAGUCUGAUCUGGAAGCGAACAGACCUGCCACGCUUGCCUCAACGGACACGAGGAAUAAUUUCACAUGGAUUCAUUUACCUGCAGCAAAUAUGACAUGGAUGAUGGACACGACGAAGAAGAUUCUGAAUCAGUCAGACGAUCUGGAGGAGACAGAAAAGAAGCAGCUUGUUUCAUUUCUCGGUGCGAGUUGGGCUGAAGUCCCAGAUGAUGUCCAAGUCUCCCGCUUCAUGCAACCUCGACUAGUCAAGAUGAAACCUCCAAAUGGGAAAGGGCCUGAAGACACUGUCUCAGCCUUCUACAUGCCAUUUCUCAUAGUUGAAGACUACGAAAGAGAAAAGGACGACAAUUGCGAAAACAAAGCCCCCGCCGAGUCGUCACACUCAGGCUCCUUAGAUCUGGCUCGGAAGCCUCUUCAUCGCUCGACUACCUUAGAUGAGCACUACUACCACUUUGCAACGGAUUCCGAGUCUAAAAAAGACCGAGUAAAGAGGAAUGAGAGCCAAAUGGUUACGAAACAUCUUCACGGGCUCGUAGAUGCAAACGAUUCUUCAUGGCCGCUGCUACGAGUUAGCCAACUAUGGGCCUGGACAAUUCAGAUUGGUGAAACCAAAUGGCUGGUGACAUCUACGUCUUGCGCCAAGACUGAGAAAUCCAGUACCUUUGUCAACAAUGUACUUGAUCACCUCCGCCGUCGAGUCAAGGACGGCAAUUUCAGACAAGGUCCCCGAUCUCCUAUCGAUCUUAGCAAAAUCAUCGUAGAAUACUGUAUCGAAACGUACUGGAGGCAGUUGGACGCGGAGAGAUUUCCCGAAAAGCGAAGCAAACCUGAACAUGGAAGACCUCAGCCUAAGACACCGCCGCACCCUCCUCAAAUGCCAGACAGUAGUUUUUCACGCCAGGAGAUGACAACUAUCGGGCGGAAACAACGAUCCAUCCGCCAUAUCUUCUCUGACUAUGUCAACAACAUUGGACGACAAGAAGUGGAACUUUUUCGAAAAUUCUGCAUUCAACGAAAGGAACCCAACGGUGUAGACAAUUCAAUUGAAAGCUCGCAGCGUGAUACCAGGAGAGCAGCUGAGCUUCUGUUCGAGAUCAAGGACAUUCGCGACGAGCUGAACAUCCUCAGGACUGUCGUUGAAUACCAACGGAAGGUCCAAUCAAGCAUAGAUAACACCGCUCUUGAGCAGCUCACUGUUCGCAACCCUGAGUUCGAUAGGGACUUGAAGGCUAAGUACGUCAGGAACGACAUUGAUGAGUUAGACCGCCUUGCCAAAAACAUCCAAGGAUCUUUACAAACUACCAUACAGCUUCAUGAAAGCGAGAUUGCCAAUUGUCAGGCCAUGAUCGGCAACCGCCAAGCAGUGGAAGCUACUGCGCAGGGGAACAGGAUCAUGGUAUUCACGUAUGUUACAGUUGGAUUUGUGCCGCUAUCGUUUCUCACUUCCCUCUUUGCCCUGGAUGUCGAAUCAUUCAUGAGGGCUCCUUGGUGGUCUCUCGUUGUGAUCUUUGUUGUCCCGGCGCUGUUUCUUUGGGGAACUAAGCGCUGGAUGAACAGAAUGGAAGAGGAAGCUCUAGAGGCAAGAAGAGAGGCUCCAAUGUUAAGGAGAGAGGAGGUAUAA